GUAGCAGACUAAAAAUGUAAAAAGUUUCAGUUUUGGAUUUUCUCAUUUUUCACAGUAUCAAGAUGACACAGAAUAAACCUGUCAAAGUUGGUAAAGGUGUUGAACGAAGGAAAGAUGCAGGAACAUUACCAACAAAGGUAGUCAUAAGAAGAUUACCCCCAAGUCUUACCCCUGAGUCUUUGAUUGAACAGAUUUCACCUUUGCCUGAACAUGAUUUCUUCUACUUCGUAAAAGCAGACAUGAGCCUCGGAAGUAAUGCAUUUUCCAGAGCCUAUCUCAACUUUGCAAAUCCCUCAGAAAUCUUCAUCUUCAGAGACAAGUUUGAUGGUUAUGUGUUCAUUGACAGCAAAGGAAAUGAGUAUCCUGCAAUUGUGGAAUUUGCUCCAUUCCAGAAAGUUCCAAAAAGAAAAUCAAAGAAACCAGAUUUAAAGAAGGGAACAUUGGAACAAGAUGCAGAUUAUGUAAAAUUCAAAGAGUGGUUAGAAUCCCCUGAUAAUGAAGAUGCUAAAACUAUUGAUGAAUACCUGGAGGAACUUGAGGCCAAGGAGAGAGAAAUGAAAUCAAACCAUGGCUGUGUGAAAACUUCUACUCCUUUAAUUGAGUAUCUGAAGAAACGUAAAGAAGAGAAAAGGGCAAAUAUUUUGAAAAUUCAAGAAGAACGCAAGAGACGAGAACAAGAAAAGCGCAGGCAAAGAGAGGAAGAAAGGCGGAGGCGAAGGGAGAGGGAGAGAGAGAAGGACAGAGAAAAAGAGAAAGAUAGGGCAAGGGAUAAAGACAAGGAAAAGCCUCCUAGUAUUGACUUAUCUGUGAAGGAAUUCAUCAUGCAGUUGUUGAAAAAUCCUGACAGAGAAGAAAAACAAGACAAAGUGCCAUCAUCAGGUAGGGGUGAUGUAAAGUCAGCCAAAGAUGAGGACAUCAAAAGGAAGGAAAGAGAAAAACUGCGCUUCUCUAAAGAAAACAGGGAGAAAAUGAAGAAUGAGAAAUCAGCAGCCAAUCAGGACCGUCCAAAAUCUGGAAGAGAUUCAGGAAGGGGCUUUGGCAGGGAUGAUCGAGCUGAGAGUAGAAAAGAUAGGCAGGAGUUAGACAGACGUCCAGAAUCUGGAAAAAGACUGGACAAGACAGGCAGAGAAGACAAGAAGUAUGGAAGAGAUCGAAACUGGGACAAAGAUAGAGAGAGUGAGAGGGAUAGACAGAGGGAAAAGAGGAAUAAUGAAAGAGGGGGCAGUGCGAAGAAAGACACUGAGAGGAAAACUUCAGUGAAAGGAGAGGACACAAAUCUCAAAGACAAGAAGGAAACUGAUGAUACUAAAUCCUCCUCUAUCUCAAAAGAGUCAGAAGACAAGGAUACCACUAAAGAGAGGAAAACCUCUGCAGCCAGCAAAGAGGUAGAGGAGGCGUUAGAUGAUGACAGCUCCAAGAGUACGUCCAGCAGACGAGGGAGCCGUGAAGGCGAGAAACAGAUGUCAGUCGUGGAUAUCGACUCUAGUGACACAAAAUCAGAAAUCUCGGUGGAUUCAGCAGGGGAGGAUAGUAAAUCUAAAAGCAAAAGGCUGGAGAAAUCUAGAAGUAGGGAUGAUUUAGAAGACAAGAAGAAGAAAAGAAGGGACAGGCCUGAGAGAGAAAUCUAUGACCCCAGAAAGGCAGCAGAAAGAAGGAGAGCAGCAGGGGAGCCAAGACAAAAAGAUGAUAGAGAAAAGCCAAGAAAGCAGAGUUCAGAUGACAGGUCAGGGGAGAAAACUCCACGCACAUCACCAAGGGACUCCCAGGAAAAAACAGAAUCAAGACCAAGCUCUGGGGAAGGAGGUCCCAAAAAGGAGGCAGAGGCAAGUGAUAAAACAAAGGGAUCCUCCCCCGAGAUCCCUGAAUCCAGUGUCACAGAAAUGAGGGAGGAAGAAAAUUGCAGUAACAAUGCUUCUAAUGAGAGUGUAAAGCCGGCAGAUUAUGAGGAAGAUAUCGGGUCGUCCGUGGAUCCAGUGAAGGUCCCGGAGAAAUGCCCCCAGCAGGAGCCUCCUGUCAAGGCAGAGGAACAGGUGGCUGUCGAGACAGAAAUAACGGCACCAGAGGAUAAUAUUGUGGAGGAUGAAUUAUCCGUUGACUGAGGGCAUGGGGAUGAAAUGUUGAAGUACAGAUUAAGUUAAUUGGUUAUGUUGUCAGUAUAUGUGUUCCUGUCAGAGAGGUCAAGGUUAUGAAUUUAUUUCAAUGCAGGGGGAAAGUGUUAAAGGUCAAUUGUAAAGACAGAAUUCAACAUCUGAUCUAUGUAUGGUUAUUUUUACAGAGAAAUGAGUUUAAUGCUACAUUUCUUGUAAUGUCCAUUUGAUUCAUGAUGAUUUUCAAUGAGAAAAAUCCUUUGAGUUUUCCUUGAUUUGUAAGUUACCAAUAAAUUGGAUUAUUCUCAGCAAGAGGUAACAAUUGAUUGUGUAUUCUCCAAACAUCAAAUAAAUGAAUGAUUUUAACAUUA